AUGACAGCCUUCGGCGGUAACGUUCCAGGCGGUUUCGCAGAGUACUGUCGAUAUCCCGCAAGACAAGUGCAUCCAAUCGGUGACCUUCCAGAUCUCGAAGCCAUUCUUGUUGAACCAGCUGCGUGCGCGACGCAUGGUAUCGAGAGAAUGCAGAUCGAGGUUGGAAGCAGAGUGCUGUUGUUUGGAUGCGGUCCGACUGGUAUACUGCUGGCGCAGUUGGUCAAGAUGAAUGGCGCAGCUCACUUGACGAUUGCAUCCAAAGGCGGCCCGAAGCUUGAUCUUGCGCGACAGCUCCAGAUCGCGGAUGAGUACGUCACCAUUUCUGACACGGAAGCGCAUGUGCAGAUGAAGGCACUCGCAGCAUCCAACCCACACGGCUUUGACAUCGUAAUCGAGGCCACCGGAUCGCCCACCGUACUCGAAUCUUCGCUUGACUUUGUGCGAAAAGGCGGCAAGCUCGUCGUAUAUGGUGUGUAUGACGACAGCGUAAAGAUCGCGUGGUCGCCGUUCCGAAUAUGGGAACACGAGGUGACUAUUCUGGCCAGCUUUUGUAGUAUGGGCCACAUGCCGCACGUGUUAGAGUACGUGAAGAGUGGGAGAUUGAAGAUGGGUGGUGUGGUGAACAAGACUUUCAGAAUUGAGCAAUGGGAAGAGUGCUUAGACGUAGUGAGAAAAGGGGAGGUUGUCAAGGCUGCAAUCGUCUUUAAUUGA